GCACCGGGUCCGGCGGCGCGAGAGAGAAAACGAUAGUGAAGCGAACACGCGAGAGAGAUCGCAACCGGCGAGCCGAAUCACAACCGCAUUGCGCGAUCGUCCCGAGAAAACCGAAACGGCCGCGCGCGCCGAUCGAGCGAUCCCCUCUCUCUCCUCCAGUCCUCAGCGGCUCCGCCCCAACCUCCUCGUCUCCUCCAGGUCGAUCUCCAAGUCAAUCGCGUCUCCGCUCGCUUGCCGGCUCCGCUCGCGCGCCGCGUCGCGCCCACGAUCGCGGCCCGCUUGCUAUAUCUGCGCGGCCGCGACGCUUUCGCCGCGUGACCUUUUUUUUUUCUCAGGGGUCGCUUGCGCGGAGGCGAGUCGCCAGCCGUCUGAAAGCAGAGUGCUCCGCGGUCGUCUGAGGGGUCGAGGGUUUUGAGAGGCGGCGCGGCGGGGCGGGCGAUGGCGAUGGCGGCGGCUCCGGGGACGGUGCCGCUGGGCGUGCUGCUGCGGCGGGAGGUGACCAAGGAACGGAUGGAGAGGCCGGACGUGCUGUGCGGGGAGGCCAGCCGCAGCCGCAAGGGCGAGGACUUCACGCUGCUCCUCCCCGACGCCGGCCAGCGCGUCGCCGGGGACCCCUCCACAUCCUUCUCCGUCUUCGCGCUGUUUGAUGGGCACAAUGGAUCUGGAGCUGCCAUAUACGCGAAGGAGAAUCUGUUGAACAAUGUGUUGCGUGCCAUUCCUACGUGUUUGAGCAGAGAGGAGUGGCUUGCAGUGCUCCCACGUGCACUUGUUGCAGCGUUUGUCAAGACAGAUAAAGAUUUCCAGGCAGUAGCUGAAACUUCUGGUACAACUGUGACAUUUGUGAUAAUAGAUGAAUGGGUUGUAACGGUUGCAUCUGUUGGUGAUUCACGUUGCAUACUAGAAUCCGCUGAUGGUUCAUUCUACUAUUUAUCAGCUGAUCAUCGCUUUGACUCCAACCCAGAUGAGGUCCAACGCAUUACUGCAUGUGGGAGCAAGGUUGGGAAAAUGGAUAUUGUGGGUGGUCCAGAGGUUGGUCCUCUAAGGUGUUGGCCAGGUGGCUUGUGCCUAUCUAGAUCGAUAGGAGAUUUAGAUGUUGGUGAAUGCGUCAUUGCUGUUCCUCAUGUUAAGCAAGUGAAGCUUUCCAAUGCCGGAGGCAGAAUUAUCAUUGCAAGUGAUGGCGUAUGGGAUGAUUUGACUUGUGAAAUGGCUCUUGACUGUUCCCGUGGGUUCUCAUCAGAUGUAGCUGCCAAUCGAAUUGUUAAUGAAGCAAUCCGACCUCGAGGAAUCAGGGAUGAUACUACUUGCAUCGUGAUCGACGUACUACCUCCAGAAAAACUUGCUCCGAGUCCUCCUAAGAAGCAGGGGAAGAUUGCAUUCAAUAAUAUGUUUCGUCGAAAAUCUCUAGAUGUGCCCUUUAAAACAGAUGGAGAAUAUGCUGAACCAGAUGUGGUGGAAGAAAUAUUUGAAGAUGGCUCUGCGAUGCUUUCUAAAAGGCUAACUACAGGAUAUGCACUUCAGAAAAUCUUUGCGCCCUCGAGUUGUGCAGUUUGUCUGGUAGGGUUGAAAUCUGGGCAGGGAAUUUCAGUACAUGCCAACCCAUUGCAAUAUGAAAAAUUACAAGGUUGGCAGGGCCCUUUCCUGUGCCAAAGCUGUCAUGAAAAGAAAGAAGCAAUGGAGGGGAAAUGGCGACCAGGAGGUGUGACUAAUUAGUUUGGGAAUUGUCUUGUUAUUUGGAAUACAUUGGUUUCACAUGUGCUAGGCCUAAUUGCCGGAACCAUUCUUUCUUCCCACUAAAUAUUCUUUUAUUCAGAUCUGGAGACAAUAGUCAGUCCAUGACAAUUCUUUUGCUAGAUUGACCGUUUCAGUCAAGUAAUACAAAGUAUUCUUGAUGUA